CUUCUUGUACGAUUUUUACCCGUAAAAAAUGCCUCUUGUUGUGUGAAAAAAACUCAUAAAAAAGAGGGAAUUUGCAUAGUUUACAAAUGCACUCUUUUCUUCUAGGCACGCGUUGCAAAUGAAACAUCGAAAAGCUGCUCAAUGUGCUGCUGAUACAUCCUCGCCAAUCGAACUGUUUCAGCGAGAAGCGCGAAAAGGAUGGCACGAUGAUUGCACGAAACCACAAACGGGAUGGUGCAAUACGGGAGUUUUUGACAGCAAUAUGCAAUUUGCUUCAUACCAACAGCAUAAAAACACGUCGCAACUGAAACGGCACACGAUACGGCCGGUAGGUAGGUGAGUGUGGAAAGGUUGAAGCAGGUGUCGGGCCGGCGGGAGUAGGAAACGGGGUACGGGGAAGAAGUUCUUGGGCCAGCUGAAGACGAGCCCGGAGUAAUGCAUCAUCCUCUUCCGCGAUCAUCGUGACUUCGCGAAGAGAGCAAACGUGAAAAACUUGUUUGUUCGCUCGCUCCGGAACGGGUGUACCGAUAGCCGCACCAGCUUGGACCAUUCAGUCUCGAAAAGUACACGGUCAGAGUCGGACGCAAAGCUGCAACACUGGUCUGCCGACACUUUACUACGUGCGUGAGUGUUAGCCGAAUCGGAUGUUAGGAUCGUCGUUACCUUAGGAACCGUCGCAGGUUGUUUGAUCGCUGGUACGUUUCGAUAGUUCACAUCGGUGGGGAUUACGAGCACCGGGUGACAUAACCGGACUAGUGUGCGGAUGUGCUGUGAUUAAAGCGCCGGAACCGGUUGGUGAUUUAUCGUUUUGAGGUCCAGCGUAAGGAACCAUCCUUUUGCUGAUCCGUUUCAACCUAUCCCACUAUCGUAGCGGAUUAUGUAACGUGGCUUGCUAAGAAAUUAUCCCGUGAAACGAGAGCGUGAUACACCGUUGAUCCCCGGAGUGACGAAAACUGUGGCUGGAUACCGGUUUCGAACAGUGACCUACUAACGGUGCGAAUAACGGAGCUUCGGUGCGGAACAGCGUGCCUCGAGAGACUCGAUAGGUUUUCCUUUUGUUUCCUACGCUGAACGCUGAAGAAAGAGAGGACCACGAAGGGGGACCAUACGUUUUUUAGACCACCCGUGCCACAAGCAACCGAAGAAGGCAGAGAAACAAUUUAAAGCCACGAAAAAAACAACAACUAGACACGGCAAGCUGGUAAAAAGCAGAUCACUCUCCGCAGUGGAAAGCAGACAGAGCGAAAGAAGUAAGAAAGACUUCAACCGCCUCGAGGGUUUGUGGACGUGAAAUCGAAUCGUAGCGGAGAAAAGAAAGCUCGGACUGCGUGGCUGCUAGCGUCUCUCGCCCCAGCGUCUUUGGAGAAAGUUACACUCGCGUUCGGAUCAGGCGUAUGAACAUGAGCGGCACCGGACAGGGCCAGUGGCCGGCCGAUGUAGGCAUUGUUGGACUGCAGAUCGUCUUCCCGUCACAGUUCGUCGAUCAGACGGAGCUGGAAGCGUUCGAUGGGGUGUCGGCCGGCAAGUAUACGAUCGGGCUGGGACAGCAACGGAUGGGGUUCUGUUCCGACCGGGAGGAUAUUAACUCCCUGUGCCUAACCGCCGUACGGAAGUUGCUCGAUGAGCAUAAGAUUCCGCUGUCUCGAAUCGGCCGUCUCGAGGUCGGCACCGAGACGAUCGUGGACAAGUCGAAAAGUGUAAAAUCGGUGCUGAUGCAACUGUUCGAGCCGGAAGGUGUGACCGAUCUGGAAGGGAUCGAUACAACUAACGCGUGUUACGGUGGAACGGCCGCAUUGCUGAACGCGAUCAACUGGAUUGAAUCGUCCAGCUGGGACGGCCGGUUGGCACUCGUUGUGUGUGGUGAUAUAGCCGUGUACGCGCAGGGAUCGGCCCGCCCGACUGGUGGAGCCGGUGCAGUGGCCAUGCUCAUCGGGCCGAAUGCACCGCUCCGCUUCGAACGGGGGAUGCGUGCGACCUACAUGAAGCAUGCGUACGAUUUCUACAAACCCGACCUCAGCUCCGAGUAUCCCGUCGUGGAUGGGAAGCUUUCGAUCCAGUGCUACCUAAGUGCCCUUGAUGCGUGCUAUCAGCUGUACCGGAAGAAGUUUGCCCAGCGCCAUCCGGACAUUGUCACGCCCGUCACGCUCGACACAUUCGAUGCGUUUAUCUUCCACAGUCCGUACUGCAAGCUGGUGCAGAAGUCGUUGGCACGUAUCGGGCUGAACGAUUUCGUGCUAGCACCGCCCGACCAGCGCACCAAGCUGUUCCCGGGCUUCGACCAGUUUGCGAACGUGCGGCUCGAGGAUACGUACUUCGAUCGGGACGUGGAGAAAGCGUUUAUGGCGCAUUACGCGUCGGUGUUUGCGGCCAAAACGAAACGGUCGCUGCAUCUGGCCAGUUUGGUGGGCAACAUGUACACGCCCUCCGUGUACAGCUGUCUGGUGUCGUUGCUGAUCGGUUCGGAUGUGGAUGAGCUGCUGGGCAAGCGGGUUGGCGUGUUUUCGUACGGUUCCGGACUGGCGUCCUCGAUGUACUCGAUCGCGGUUACCACCGAUCGUGACCGGUUGGCCGAUUUCAAACGUCAGCUUAACUACGUGCAACCGUUGCUUGAUCGCCGAACGAAGGUAGAUCCGGCAGAGUUUACCAAGCUGAUGGAGGUGCGUGAGAAGAACAACCAUGCGGCACCGUACGAACCGUCCGGUUCGAUCGAUGUACUGUUCCCGGGCACCUACUACCUGAAGGCGGUCGACUCGAUGCAUCGACGAACGUACGAACGUGUGCCACCGGAACAACCUUCCUCGUGAGCCACCACCAUGACCAGAGCCGGAACGAAAGUUUAUUACAAACACUCGAAAAUAUCACACACACAAACAAAUGCUUUCGCCUUUCCGCCUUCGAAGACUGUUGCUCAGGGGAUGCUGCCUCGAGGAGUGUACUUUUGUUUAUCUUUGUUUAAUUUAAGCUUUUCCUCGAUCGCGAUCGCCGAGCGAUCCGACUAGACUGUAGAGUUUGUUAAUUCAGGAGAUCCAGUUGAGCCAGUCAAGAAGAUCAUAUAACUAUGCAUGAAGUUAUUUUUUUAUAUAGUGGAUUAGUUAGAAUAGUUAGAGAAACACAUACAAACACCAAAAAUGGUGCGGCACUCCAGGGUGGUGUUGUUUUUUUUUUUGUUUUCGUGUACGAAUUUUCCUCUCCCCACCCGUGGUUUGGUGUCCGAUCGGUUGUGUUAAUUGGUUUGUUCAUUUUUUUUUAUACGAGAUGCGAAGUAUCAAGACAAAAUGUAUGGUGAACUGUAUGACAA